UUUUGAGUAGUGUUUCAAGAGAGAAUUCAGAAUUUCUUAAUUCAAUUCUCUCUCAUUUCAAUUCAUUCAAAAUUUAAUCUCUCAUUUGGGUCACUUUUUCCACUGUAAUUCAAAGUUUUCUUGCCCCAAUUUCAAUUAUCUGCAGAUAAAAUAAAAAUGGCCUACAAAUUAGAGGACAUGAAACCCGUAAGGAUGGCUGAUGAUGAGAAACAGCUACCACGUCCUUCAAAAAUUACAGUGCCAACAACGAACAUGGAUUCAGUCAAGAAGCCUAAUACUAAUGCUACUACUCCAAGUAGUUCCCCAAAGCUACAAAGAGCUUUAACAAGACCACCAAGUGGAAGAUGGAACUGUCUUUGUUCUCCCACCACCCACGUCGGUUCGUUCCGCUGCCGGUUCCAUAGAAGUCACGGUAUGAGUCGGGGCGGUUCCGUUGGUUCUAAUCUAUCGGAGUUAGAUGCGAAAUCACGUUCGAUUAGUGACUUGAUGCAGAAUAUACAUACUUAGUCAUGUGGACUCUCUAUAUAUAAUGUGUCUACGUUCUAAUUAAUAUGUCAAUGGCAUAUAUGUGUACUAAUUGGGAUUUUAUAUAUUUGAUGAUUUCCCUAUUCAUGUGUAUGUCAACUAUAUAUAAUUAGGAAGAAACUCUUAAAGUGGGUAUUAUAACAAAAUUCCAAUUUAUUAUGUUAUAUUAUUUACAUAAUUCAAUAAUAUGUUACGAGUUUAUUGAUUCUA